AUGUCCCAUGAAGAUGGUUUAGCACAGCUUGUAUCGUCAUACGGUUCUGAUAAAUCUAGCAGUGAGGAUGAGCAAUUAGAGGAGAUACAAUGCAAGACCGAUCAGUGUGAUAAAAUUAAGACAAAAGAUCUUAAAGAUGGCUCAAACUUUUAUGACAACAUUAACAACGCGGAAGCAAGGUGAGUCGUCUGUGACAUGUUGAAACCACGUUUAAUACAUCGAAAAAUUUAUCGAUUUGUCGGAGAAAUCUGGUUUAAGAAUUUAAAUUCAGAGUGAAGAAAAACAUUCGAAGUUUACUGAAAAUACUCACAUACAUUGUCGUGCGAGUUAGGAUACAGUCCGAGUCAGCGAGCCAUGCAAAAAAGAUUCCAAAAAAAUCAUGAGGGAAAAAAUAAGCAGAGUACGGAAAAAAUAACUGUGAAAGCUAACACUUGUAAAUGAGUUUUUAUCCCUAAACAACGGUUAACCCAAAUUCGUAAAAUGAGUCCUUAACCCUAGUCAGUAAAAUGAGCGAAAUCAGUGAAAGUAGACCAAGACUGCGUAAUUCUGCGAAUAAUUCCAGCAGCAUGCCCAAUCCCGGGGGGGGCACUGGGGUAUUUUUUGGGUGGGUAUGUGCCGCCCGGGACUCCAAAUGGGCACCCCGUUCUAAAAAAAAAUUCCCCUAAAAUUGAUACCCCGUUCUAGAAAUGGGCCAAUUUUUUAUACCCCGUUCUAGAAUUCGCCCUAAAACUGAUACCCCGUUCUAGAAAUGGGCCAAUUUUUUUAUACUCCGUUCUAGGCUGCAACAAGAGUAUAACAGUUUGCUUCAGUAACGCAUUGAGCCGUAUUUUUAAAAGCAAUUUGUCCUUGAAUAAUUUCAAAUGGUUGCUUACAAAACUGGAGCUUUCAUGCGUUCGAAAUAUUAUACCCCGUUCUAGAAAACGCCUCUGAAAUGGAUACCCCUUUCUAAAUCAGGAGCUUUAAAAUCACGACCCCGUUGGGCGGCACAUACCCGUAUAGGUAAUGUAUGGGAGUACCCCCCCCCGGGUGCCCAAUAAUAGGCGCCCGCUUCAGACUCCGUACUUUUCAUGAGCCGAACCUCAUAAAUUGAAUUAAGUACACGGAAAGUUCAGCGUCUGAAUCAAUUAGGAACGCCUGUUUCAAUUUGGAACGGCUCAGCUGUUCUUUCUGCUUAGCCUGGCCGUAAAUUUUGACUUUGGAACGCCUUUGAUUUAGAUGCCGAACAUUUCAUCUACCGAACCUAACUGCAAUGUAUUUUAUAAGCAGUUUGACCGAAAUGAGUAUUUUUUUCUCUUUCUGAAUUUAGUUCGGUGGGAAUUAAGAUCGGCUUCUGAAUCAAUUCAGCUGGUCUAAAUAAUUUAAGUCGGCCUUAUUUGAAUUAGGUUUGGCUUAUGAAAAGUUCGGCGUCUGAGCCAGGCUAAGCAGAAAACUUUUUUUCAUAAAACUUUAUUUUUUCCAUGGCUUGCUGGCUCGCAGGCAAAAUGUCCAGCCCCUUGUCAUGGCUUAUAUCACAUUAGGGCAACAAAUCCAAAUUCAGUAGUUGUAGUUCGAAAGAAGUCGCGAAAACAGUAGUAAGGAGUUAAAGUUAAGGCACUGAUGAGAUUGUGUCAGAUUGAAUGCUACGGGCAAACCAUUUGUCAUAUAUUAUUUCAGUAUCGGAAAGCAUUGAUUUACAUGUAAGUGUCUGAGUUUCUGAGACACGGUUGGGGGUCUUAAUUUUUUGGGGUCUGGGAGUCACCACCCUGGCUUGGGGGGCUUAUAAGAACACACUAACCUUGCAAAAAUAGCCAACCAAUAAUACUUCCAAGCCAGGGGGUGCUUAAAAGCAAUAGCAAACGUUAUAUAAAAUACGAGAGGGGUUCACUGGUUGACUUCAGGACAGUUAUGCAAGCCCUAGACGAAGUUAAUGGUUUGCAUUAUCAGGUGUUUUUAUCUGGCCAUGCAAAGACAGGAAAAAAGUUUUCUAUUACUUUAUAAAAUAACUUUUCUGAGGUAAAAUAAAAAUCUUUGUUUAAAGCUCUUAGUAAAAGAGAAAUUCUUCCCUGUCACAAAGUAUUGUAGGCAAAGUUUUGUGUGCAUAACCAGUUCUUGUUUUGUAGAAAAGAUUCUUUCCAAAGUAAGAUUUUUUCCCACUUAAAAUGUCAGUGUAGUAAAGUUAAAGAAAGUGUGACACUUACAUGUAGUUUACCUAAAUGUGACCUGUUACCGGUAGUUCUUAGUUGAUAAGUAGUUAUUGACAUUUAUUAGCACUUAACAUUAAGAAAUUAAACUUUGUAAUUUUUCGACCGUGUCAAAAACCCUUACCAUUUGUUCGUCACAUUAGUGUUCUUGAUUAUGAAAUGAAUUCACACAAACCUCUUGAGAUGAAGGAAUAUGUUAAAUACCUAGGAGUUUAUAUUGAUGCUGAUCUUUUCUGGAACACCAUAUCAAGCACAUAAUCAGAAAAGUUGGUGUUACAGCAAAGUUAAGACAUUUUGUUCCUAGUCAAACUCCAUUGAGUAUUUUUCAUUCCCUAAUUUCACCUUAUCUAACCUAUGGUAUAUGUGCUUGGGGCUCAGGUGCUAAAGUUCAUACAAACAAAUUAUUGAUUCUUCAGGAAAAAGCACUUUGAUUGAUGUUUUUCACUAAACCUAUGGACCAUGUCAUUCCCUUUUUCCAGCAAAUGAGGUCUCUGACCUUAACCUUUUUGUAUUUUAAACACCUCUCGUUAUUGAUGCAUGACGUUUAUCACCAAGCUGUUCCAAGUAGUCUAAGAGGCAUGUUCAGAAUAACAACCGAUGUACAUAACUAUAGAACCAGGUCUGCAUCAAACCAACAUUAUCAUGUUGAGUACUCUCGAACAGAAAAAAUGAAAAAAUCAUUUGCGAGAACUGGUGCUCUGAUGGAAUGGUCUACCUAAAUCUCUAAAGUCAUUGCGGAAAUCUCAAUUUAAAUCCAAAAUCAAACAAAUUCUCCUCGAAAUUCCUCAGAAAACACAUGACUAUACUGAUGUUCCCCCAAUACUAAAUGUGAUGUUAGGAAACAAAAGUGAUAUAAUAUCUUAUAUUUUUCAUUUAUUUCCUUGUCUGCCACCAGUAUCAUUAUUUUAACAUUAAGCUUUAGAAUAAUAUCUGUGACAGACUACAGAUCAGCCUCUGUAUUUUUAUGAUGACUAAUUUUCUUUGAUUUUUAAUAGGAUUUCUUUUCCUGCCUCGAAUAGUGUUUCUUUGCUAAUUUGCAGGGUAACUGAGUAUUGAGAUUUAAAAUAUGUGUGAAUAAAAGUUCUGUUGUUAUCAUUGUUGUUACAAUCUGGAAAUAUCAUUACUGCUACGCAAGCAAGCAGCGAAUAUGUGCUUUUUAAUUUGUGCAAAGCGUAAAAUAGGAUGUGCCUAUAAUUUGCAAACUAUAACUCCCUUUCACUGAUAGGAUUUUGUGUAGGAUAUGGUUAUUUUUCGGAUCUAGUCAUACAGCAUGAAAUUAAAUAAUUACAUUUAAAUUAAGUGCAUAACAGUGCAUUAUAUUUAGGACAUUUACCAGAAGGGAAACCACAUAUAAUCCUCUUUUAAUAGCAGUUAUCUAACCACAUAUAGUCACUUCCAUCAUGUAUAAAAGCACACUUAUUUACCACAGGUUCUAUGAUUGAGUCUUUAAUUAUGACUGUUCCUGUAGUUCACCUGGCAUCCUUGAUCCAGUCAUGAGUUACAACAGCUAGAGGCAACAACUAGAGCUUGUUUCUACACAAGUCGAGUCUUGUUCCCAACUCUGAAAUGCUGUUAACCCAAGAAUCGACUCAGCAAAAACAAACAGUCAACACUCAUCUGAUGAACUCGAUCACGUUAUCAUUCCAUUUACACCAUCAGCUGCUUAAGGGAAAAAUAUAAUGUUGCUUAAAAAGUAUAAACUAUUAUAAGCAAUAAAGCUUAGAGGAUUUAUGGGUACAUGUAUGCAUUUGUCAUUAGCAAAGCAAAUUCAAAAUUCUUUAAACAAAAGUUUACAAUCAUUGUCACAAGCUAGCAGCUUUUGCGGAUCGAUGCAAAUUCCUAGUCUAAGAGUACUUUGUUUAAGGUUUGUCGUUGUCUUUUUGUGUUUUCCAAGAAAGUUUAUAGGUCCUACCUUAUGAUUUUAAAGUGUGUGUUGGCCAUAUGGCUCUGCUCUUUUAAACUGUAGAGAUCUCUGAUGUGCCCGGCACAGGUGAUGUUGUAAGCUUAUCGCAAAGAAAACUGGAAACUGUUUGACGAUCUCGUAAAGCUUUGAUACUGCAUGAUACAUUUUUCUGGAAAAAAACUUUGAAAUUACAAUGCUGAUAAAGUUCUGCCCUUAUACAUCCGUUGGGUGCCGUUGUUCAUGGUUUAUACUUUUUAAAAGACAACCUUUUUUCAAGCAGGUGUAUACUUUAUAUUUUCAUUACACACCACCUUAUCUGAUAUCUGUAUGGGUAAAAUAUCAACUUUCUGUACUCAACACCUUCCUUGCAGCUGCACUUUAUGUAUUUUUGUUUUUGAUGCACAUUUUUUUCAUCACACAGAGGAAUAUUACCAUUGCCUAAAGGAGUACUUGACAUGUUUAAAGAAGGUAAACUGAAACAUUCUUAAUGCUCACCAACUACCAGGCACUUCAGGCGAUAUUGUCACAGAUAGUAGGCUGUUAAUUAAGUCAUAACAUGAUUUUUAUAAUAACUAUAAUCUUGAUAGGGUUUGUUAAGUUAUGGAGGGGGAGGAUGAUGUUUGGUCUAGAUAUACUUCAUUACUGUCUUUGUAGUUUAAUGAUAGCUAGUUGAACAUGACUCUUGAAAUUUGGUAUGUUAUAGUUUAGAGCAGAGUUUUAGUCAGGAAAUUGUAAUUCUGCAUCCAGUUAGAGUAAUGUUUGAGCUUACAUGCCAUUUGUUUAAUAUCAUAAUUAUUAUGUCUUGGUUCUUAGUUAGUCCUGCUGCGUCCAUAUAGUCAAUGUACAUUCCACUUGUUUUUAACCUGAGUGUUGAUAGUGUUGAAAAGAAACUGGUUUGUUGUUUUAUAUCAUAGAUACAGAACCAGAAGAUGAUCCAUGUACACAUGAUGGACGGAUAAGAUCCUUCUCACACUUCCCUGGUAACUGGGCUAUGCAUGUUUAUAUCCCAUGUGAGUGUCACAGUUCCAGUCAUUUUUAAUACAAUUUUUGUUAAUGCAUUUCAUUUGUUUCUUGUGGACUACUGCAUACCACUUUUCAUAAUGUUGAAUAACUGGUGCUGAUAUUGACGUGAUUUGUAUGGUGCAGGACACAUCUUGAGUCAACCUAUAGGAAAGUGACAUAAGUUUUUAUUUGUAGCGAUUAUAAAUGCCAUAAAGCAGAGUUUGAACUAGAAGUGCAUUUGCAAUUGCUUGUUGGUAGCCUUCAAAAAUUUCAACAGGGCCCCUCUCUCAAAAGCUGAAUUAUCUUCACUGCCUGACUGUUUGCCAGAGUUAUUUUUUGACAGUAAAAAAAUGCAAGAGUAAGUGUAGAGGACAGGGUGGAUUUGUGGUUACUAUUUUGAACCUUUACACUUUCAGUAAUAAUAAAUUGGUAAUUAAAUAGAGCCCCCAAAAAUCCCAUAGUUUGAGUAUGCCCUUUAAAAAUUUUGGUUUUUGGAACCCCUGUGACACUUACAUUAAAGCCCAUUUUUUCUACCAACAUAGAAUGGAUUCUUUAGUCUUUUUGCACUUUUUUCAAUUAGUGAUGCAAGUUUUUAUUAAGUAAAAAGUACAGGAUUCAGACUCCCCUUUUAUACCUCAAAAAUGGUAUUCUCUUUUUUCAUCUGAUGUCACCAAAAUUCACACUUGGGGAAGUAUUGAUUCUUUGGAUUUUCUACUUUCAUAAGGUAUAAUAUUACAGCAGCUAAACACCUUUAUUCAUACAAAUUUUUGGUUCAAAAGUAUGUUUGAUGCUGGGAAAGCUCUUUUGUGGGUUAAAAACAUCGCUGAUUUUUGGAGAUUUUGGUAUCUAAACAUUCCUUGUAUUAUUAGAAUAAAUAUUACUUAGUUGUGAUUUCCUCAAGCGAAGCAAUAAAUUCACACAUUUGACAGAUUGUUUCUGCUGGUUUCUAGCAGCCAUGUUUGUGCCCCUCAAAGGGACACCAAACAUUCAUAAAACACUAUUUUUUCCAAAUUUUUUUGCAUAUUAAAUUUUGCACAGACGUGAUUCUUGGCAAGGCUUUUUGUAUAAUAUUCACCUUCUUUCAUUUCCCACAUUCUGGACUUUCUCUAUUUAUGGUUUCCAUUUUUAUUUUUGAUGGUGUGAUAGUCAAAACAAAGAAUUCUUACAAUGUAACUACCAUUAUUUUGCUUAAAUGAGGACCUUAUUUUCAAAUAUUGAUAUUUUGCAUGCAUGCAUUACUUCUGCAGUCAAAGCCAAUGUACAUUUUGAGAGUCUUGUGGCAUCAUUGGUUGAUAACCUGUCAAUCACCAUGUCAUGUGAUGUGCACAUGUUUCCCUGUGAUGAGUUACACAUGAGUGUGUCCAAGACAGUUCCCAUCCGACAUUACUGGAUAGAACCAAUCACAGAGCAGCUUAGAAAUGGACUUAGCAGUCUCAAAAGGUAACUCACAUAAUUUCUUUUUUUUCAAGUUACUGCCUAAAUCUGAAUGAUUAUUUUAAUAAGUAUUAAAUCAAAGAUGAUGGCCAUUUUGAAUAUGUUAUAGUUCCCAACUGCUAAAACAACCGGGCCAUGAUUGUCGCACUUUUGUUUACCCCUUGCUUUGUUGCUAGGUAACUGCAGACAUCCAAACCGAUAUGCCAGUUCCGAGUUCCCUCGGGCCUCUGUAUCAAAACGAGGUUAAGUGCUCAGCCUUUGAUAUGGAAAUGAUUUUUCAUUCUCAUGCAAAUAAAACUCAUUUUCACAAGAAAGAUUGUGGACUUGGCCUCAUUUUGAAAGUGAGGGUUUUUGGAACUCGGAAGUGGCCUAUUGAAAGAAAAAAAUAUAGAUGGCCAAAGCAAGAUCACACCUCACUUAGCAAUCCUCGUGGGAUUCACCGCAUUGCGAAUUCCAACAAAAUUAUAAACCUCACUUCACUUUGGCAUAUGAAUAGCUAUACUUUUUAUUCAUAAGAUAAAUAAAAGUUCUUGAGUAUCACUGAUUGUGUAUGCUGUACAUGUUUCAGCUUUGUAUGUGUCCUUCAGUGUCCUGGACUGUACACUAAUGAUGAGAAAACAAGGUACUGAUCUUUAGCUGUGUCAUCUAAUAUUUGGCGAUUAAUCAUGGGUGACUUGUACGUAAUAAAGUUCUAUAUGUACAAGUGGCAUCUGGAAGAUGACAGAUGAGCUUAGUAUAAAAACUUAAUAUUAUUAUUAUAUUUUGUCAUACAACAGUAAUAGCAUUAUUAUAUAUAUAAUAUGUGAGAAUCUGAUAUAAGGACACUUUGUGGAAAUUUUAGCAACAACUGCAGUUGUGAAAAACCAGCUUUUUCUUCAAAGUUUUUCUGUUGGCUGAAAGCGGGAAGAUCAGCCUAUCAGCAUGCAAGGCAUGUAGAAUUUUCACUGAAACUUUUUUUAAAAUCUUUUUAUCACUAAUGUUCCUUGUAAGUUGGUAAAAGUUAUCUUCUAAUGCAGGGAGUUUUUCUUUGUACCAUGGGUAGGGCGUGGGAUGAGCCAAAUUAUAAAACAAUCACUCUGUGCUCACCAAAGCUCGUUCCCUUUUUGAUACUAAUGAACCAGGUUUUCUAGUACUUUGGAUCUUUUUGUUACACCAUACUUUUAUAAACUUUACUUGCAUUACUCUACAUUUUCAGAUCAUUUGUUGCCCUUAAAAUCAUGACAGAAAAUAAAAAGGUGAGCGAGUGUGCUGUGUGUGCGACAAACUGUUUGAAGGUCGAGCCAGGAAUGAAUGUCACAAGUGUUUGUGUUGUUGCAUUGGUACCUUCUCACAAACCCCGCCCCAUUUAACAUUUGAAGUUUUAAGGUUAUUGGAUACCUUCAUGGGUGUGUCAUAAAAACCCAUGUCAAGUAAGAGCUUAUUGAACCAGCUGUCUUAAUAAACUAAUAAUCCUUUGAAUACUUCCAUGGUCGAUAUUUUUAUCCUCUUUUAAUGCGAACUUCCAAAGCAGCUUUUCAACAAUUCAACCAUAAGAAAAUUUGCUAAAAUGUGACACAUUUGGCGAGCUAGAGUCAUUGUGAUAAAGUUUGGAAGAGUGUGAAAACACUUCAGACCCUUCACUUGUUUACCCCUGUUGUAUUAUAUUUGAUUUACUUCAUAGUAUAUGUAUUGUGCAAUACGAUCUGUUAUAGACUACAUUCUCCUUAGUAAGCAAUCAUAUUGGUUUUCAGUUCCAGGCCAUCGUUAAUGUGGUAGACAGGGUCUUUCAGCAAUUUUCUCUCCCAUCUUUCUACAAGGUAAGGAAGAAAUAAACUUAUUUAAACAGAAAUGCUUCAAGUAAACCCACACAGUUGAUGUUUAUAACUGAUAUGCACUACCAAGAGAGAAAGUCGCUUAUUGAUAUGGUUAAUUUUUCGAUAGAAUGAAGUGAUGAGUAUAUCAAUCUCAUUUAAUAAAAGUUCAAUGUACACUUUGCAACUGUACAGUGAGAAUUUGCGUGUUAUUUUCAUAACAUAGCUCCACUGUUCGUUUCAGUAUCAGUAAAUACUGUUACAUGAUUUCCUCUUCAAUUGUGAAGUACGCCAAUCUCUACUUCACCUUUGGCGGAUAACUGCGAAAAAAAGAACAGAAAUGUUGGUACGUAAGUACUUUACAGUUUGUAUUGUUUAUUUGUGUGAAGGAUCCUUCAUUCCAUGUGAGCGUUGCUUGGCUUCUUGGUGAUAUCUGUUCUACUGAGAGGGACAAACUUCAAACUCAACUUCAGGUAAAACCUUCUUGAAACAAUGGGUAUCUCACUAUCGUUAUCAUUAGGUUAAUUUCAAAAAUAAGGUCUGUCUUAAUUAAUAUACCUUACCUUCCUCUUUUUAAUCUGUUGUGUAUAAGGCUUUGACAAACCCCUUCCAUGAAGUGUGUCUUCAAGUUUCCAUAACAAAAAAGAUUUUACGGGGAGGAGUUAUUAUCCCCUCUCGCAGCUCCCGACGGAUGAAAACGUGCUGUAUUUGUUGGCCUUUCCUCUGGAACCUGCUCUGUAGUACGGUUGAACCUGCCAGGAGCAUUUAGUUUCAACUGCUAUAGCCACCAGGCUCAUCAAGGCACGCUACAGUUCAGCUAAGGCCAUGUCUAUACUUUAUAGGAUAGCUUUUUAUACCGACAUAAAAUGCUCUCCGGUACAGUAUGAACGGCAACGGAACAGAACUGGAACAAGUUGGUCACACACAUCGAACAUCGAGCCGGAGCGGGUGGCUGUACAAUCAAAAGAUAAGGCACCUCCUCAAAAUCGAGUUAACCCUACGAUUCUUCAGUCAUUUUCUUUAACUCUAUAAGAGGGACACCUGUCCAUUAAUAUAGGCCUUUUUUCAGUCCCAAAUGUGUCUGUGUGAGAGAAUUGACUGUAGUUUGUGUGACACCACAUAUUUGCCUCUGUAAAUGCCACUCAGUGUAUUUAUUCUACUUGCAAUCAAAUUAAGACGCCUUGGUGGUUAUGUGCAAACAGAGCCCCUAUCCGGUAUGGUAAGAACUAUCUGCUUAAGUGUGAAGACAUAGCCUUAAGCUAAGCCGCUUCUGGCUAUGGUAGACUACACCAAUUGAACAGACUUGACUUCGCAAACAAAUGCAUUUGGUAUUUUGGCUUAAUUCAAUAUUUUUACAUUGCUCAUAUCUUAUCUUGUUCACCCGCCAAUUUUUUGAAUAUCAAUGUUUCCAUUGUCUCCCGAGUAUUAAAGAUGUCUCUAGAGAAACUAAAGAAAAUUCAUGUACAUUUUUCUUUUUCCUAUUUUUUUUUUUGGAGGGGGGUGAGGUGGGGGGGCGAAAAAGGCGCAUUAAAAUGGUGGAUGGUUGAAAAAAAAGCUUCUUUGCUGGGUUAAAGUCUGUUUCAUAAGUUCCACGCUAGUUUUUGGUUCUCGUGUUGAUCUCUGUCGGUGUAAUUUCAAUUCUUCGGCUUCCUAUACUUCUGUCUUUUCAGUAUCAAUUAACGAGCAGUCUAACUUAGUCCAAAAAACUGGGUCUUGGGCGAAUUCCUCUGGAAUCUGUUGUUUAACGAUAUGGUAGGACAGUAUAGUUUCAAUUGUAAUCGCACGAAUCAGUUAUAUUUGAACUGUACUCGAUUUGAACACUGAUUCAGGAUAUCAUAAUUAUCAUACGUGACCAGAAGAAUCCGUGAACCCCCCACUAAUCCCUCACUUCUCGACAAUACUUAUUAACCCCCGCCUCCCUCCCAACCUAGUGUACUCAUAAGUACGAGCAAAACCUGGUUUCUAUACAUCGCUGCCCUGCUAAAGAUACGUAGAUGUACUACAUAAUCCAAAAAAAGUGAUGAAGUGCACUUUCUGGGUUUGUUACCUCGGGUAAUAUUGGCGCCUUUUACCUUUGUAGAUUACGAAUACCGGUCACACCCCAUGCCCAGUGACCAAACGCAAUGGCACAUUGCUGCAUGGCACACAAAUAAAUAGCUGUUUCUCUCUGAAAAAGGAGAUUAGCCGCACUCCGGUAGAUCCCAUUUCCGGAUAAUACAUCUUAUUAUUCAUUCAAAAUAUUUCGCUGUUUCUGAUUGGCUCAAAUAGCGCGGCUAAUUCUUUAUAGCCAACCGCCGCUGACCAAAUUUGGAAGAUGCGAGCAAUAUACCAUCGAUUCGAUGGUGUAUUCGAUUGAAAACGCGGUUGAUCGAUAAUUAUAUAUAUAUUGCCCUGGGAACGAGGCUGCUUAUUGGGCAAGAGAACAUUGUUUAACCUCGUUUCCAUGCGCGGCCCUCCAAGCUGUUUUUUCAUGGGGAACUUAAAAAGUGGACCUAUGGCUAUCCGAAGACGAAAUAGCUGAAUUUCUGACCAAAAGUGAACUGAAAAAAUGAAAGAAUACGCAAAACAACUUGCUCGAUGGCUGUUUUUGAGGAGUAUCCGUAAGAAAAAAACAUCUCUGUAUCUCCUAAAACCGUGCCGAGAAAUAGGCCAAAGUUUCGAAGAAAUUCAAUCAGGAGGUAAGCUUGUUAAGAUGGUAGAAACAUUUUGAAUGAAUAUUAAAACUAUUACUGAAUUCUGCUUUUAUAUGAUGUAGAGAUCUCGGACGAUAUCGUCCUGAUGUUAUCUUCGAUCUGUAUAAUUCUUCACAUCAUACUCAGCCCCAUUCAAUAAUUGCUAAAUAAAUAGAUUUAGCCGGGCUUCCAAAGACUUCCCUCCCCCUCCCGCAGUCUGUACGGGUGUUUUAGCGCUUGCACGGUCACAUGACUAUCAAAGGAAAAAGGUUGUCCGUGUUGUCUAAUAUCCUGCUACGCUCGCGCGCGAGCGUGGAGCUCCGCUAUGAAUCAUUUUACCGAAUCUAUUUUAAUGGUUAACUUGGUUUCGGUUGCAGGAUGUUUUCGAUGCGCAAGUCUGCGAGAAAGAAACUGGUAGAUCGUUGGUUUUGGAAGUGAGAGAAGUGCAUUGCAAAAUUGGCAAUAAACGUUUUGUCUUUCAGUUGCAUAACACGUAACCAGGCAAGCCACUUGUAAAAAUCCUUACGAGCAGUUACAUCAGCAAACUAACAAGCAACGCAUCAAUCAGGAACAGAAACAGGAUACUGUAUUUAAGUUCGGUUGCUGCAAAAAACAGAACCUCGGCUCCAAAGUAAAAAUGUUGGGUAUCAACGAGCUAUUGCGACUUAAAAGGAGCGAACUGGAGAGCACAGACCGAAUGUAUACCACACUUAUUUACUUAACGUGCUUCUUGAUUUUCUGAACCCAAUAGUGUAGCUUCAAAACUGGCAGGAAAAUUGAACAGGUGUCUUCGAUCCCUUAGUUAUUUGACUUAAAUACGUUAGAUACGAUAGAUUUCUUUUAAACAUUCUGAGUGCUACAAUUGAUUUGCGUCCUGGACAUCGUGAUACGUGUGUGUAUUUCAUGUCCAUAGAGGACUUGUAUUAAGUUGUCUAACGCAUGGGUAAAAUUGAGUAAACAUGGAAGCCAAUUGAGAUUAUUUGAGCUCUGGGAUUUGUUGUUAGAAAGGUUAAGCAUCACAUUUACGUCAAACGGCAAACGCGAAUUUGUAUCACGUGACCAAAUUUUCUCUUUACUUGUCGAUUACUGUUCAUAGUUUCUACACCUAAAUUAGUUGUUUCACGC